AUGGGAAAUAGUCCUGCCACCACAGCUGGAAAAAAUCCUAGAGGAAACACUGGUAAAAAGAAAGGUCAAACUUGUGGCGGCUUGGUACAAGGUCUCAAUGGAACUAUAGAGAGUCCUGGCUUUCCCCAUGGCUACCCUAACUAUGCCAACUGUACGUGGAUCAUAGUCACCGGAGAGCGAAACAGGAUACAGUUGUCAUUUCAUACCUUCGCUCUGGAGGAGGACUUUGACAUUGUCUCCAUCUAUGAUGGACAACCACAGCCAGGCAACCUGAAGAUGAGGUUGUCUGGCUUCAUGUUGCCAUCACCCAUUGUGAGUUCGGGGUCGAUUUUGGCACUGUGGUUUACUACGGAUUUUGCAGUGAGUGCCCAAGGAUUUAAAGCAAUCUUUGAAGUUCUACCAAGUCACACCUGUGGAAAUCCAGGGUUGAUACCGAGAGGGAUUAUCCAUGGGACCAGGUACAACGUCGGAGACAAGAUCCGCUACAGUUGUGUGAUGGGAUAUGUUUUGGAGGGGCAUGCAGUGCUCACGUGCAUAGUGAGCCCAGGAAGUGGUGCAUCAUGGGAUUUCCCUGCACCAUUUUGUAGAGCUGAAGGAUCAUGUGGUGGGACGUUAAGAGGAACAACAGGGACAAUAUCAAGUUCCCACUUUCCUUCAGAGUAUGAGAACAAUGCUGACUGCACGUGGAGUAUUCUGGCCGAGCCGGGAGACACCAUUGCCCUAGUCUUCACAGAUUUCCAGCUAGAAGAUAGAUACGACUUUCUAGAGAUCAGUGGCACAGAAGCACCGUCAAUAUGGUGA